AAUUCUUCUGGUUUAUAACUAUAUUGGAUAUUAAUGAAUCAUUAAGAUAUUUAAAAUAUAUGAGCGAUGAAGAUAAAAGGUCUAGAUAUAAUCUUGGUGCUGCUUUUGCUUCUUCACGUACAGAUGAAGAUACUGAAGAAUGUGAAAAAAAAA